AGUUUCAAAGAAUCUUCCAGUUGGUGCGGACUUGGACGGGAACCGUUACGACCUCCUCCGGUCGCGCGUGCAAUUCGUUCUCGCUGCAUACGAGUAUUUUGCGCGUAACUCACUGUAAAGCGAGAUAAAAAAGUGCUCACUGACGCAUCGCGACGGUUAAGGAACGGAGAACAUGCGACGAGGAAUUCUUCCGUAAUAUAGGAUGUAACUCUCAGUGUGUUUAUUGUGGCAUUUCAAUCAAUUAUUCGGGAUUUGUGUUUUCUCCUCAACGUAGUAAAGUAAACGUGACGUGAUUUCAUCAAUUGUGCUUGUCGUGCUACGCGAGGCGUAAUUAAACGUGAUUUGAUGCACUGAAGGCGGGUUUGCAUGUGCGCCACCAAAAAGACCAGCAACAAAGCAGCUCCGCAAAAAGUGAUUCGCGGUCAAGACAAUCAUCAUCAUCAUCACAUCCCCGCGUAUACCGCGCAAUAAUCUCGUCGAAUUUUCCAGUACCUAAACUCAGCGUCCGAAUCCGCAAUAGCAGAAACAAUCGUAAACACGUAAUUACCUAAACUAUUCAGCGAGGUACUUUAUAUGCUCUGCGCUAGUUCGGCAGCAGUAUCAGCUUUACGAUCGGAUAACGAGCGCUUAUUAGCGGCCGAUUUAACGAAGCUCUGCGCACUCUACAUACUGCAAAACAUGGCCCGAUCUGCAUGAGCGGUACCGGGUAGCCAUCUCUAGUCAUCGAAAAUCAAGGCGCGCGAAAACUAUGUAAAUCCGACCGCGAGCUACUCUCGCCGUAUAUACCUAUAUACAAACGCUAAUGCGAAAUUCCGCUAUCGGCAUCAACUUGCUGCUGCUGUUGCUCCGAUGGCGCGAUUUCCCGUGAAUUUUCCAUUGAUUUUGUCGGCACUGCUGAUCGGUCUCGCGGUGGGAGAUGUUUUCGCGAUUGAUCCCCCACGAGAGGAUAGUGGCGGUGCGGGCGGCGCUCCGAAAAUACCUCGCGAGCGGCAGCUCUGCAACUUUAAUGAGGCUACGAGAAUGUACAACACAACCGACCUUCUGUUGUGUAUGGACGAACUGGCCAGAAGCAUAUUGUUGCAGCAAAAUGUCAAAUUAAACAGAAUAGCGGAUCGUGCAUAUCAAGAUACACGUCAAUCAUACCCCGCCUAUCCAUUUGCCCCAGAUUAUUCGACACAGUCGAACGGCGGAGGCUCAUCAAAUUAUUAUGGCAAUCAAAUGCUCUCCUCGUUGCUGUCCGGAGCUUUACCGCUUCCCAAUUUGUCUAAUUUAUUUGACUUUAGUGGCCUCACGAGACCGAACUUUAAUCUCUUCCAAGCCUUGUCCUCUAUCGCUCGGUACGAUGACUUAAAGUGCGUUCCGCGCAUUCUUUGUGAGGUGGCGAGCGGUUCAAUGCCCGGAAGCCUUUCCUAUCGGCAAAGUUCCACUUUUCAGAAUUUCGGAUCAAACGCUCUCUUUGGGUUACUUACUGCUUUUGACUCAAGUGGAACUUCUCCGAUUCUGAGUUUCGGUAGAGCCGCGUUACUCGGCUAUACAAACAGAGGGCAAUCUAGUAUGUGCUACAGAGAAUAUUCAAGAUGCCCCAGCAAUCCUGAUCAACUUAUUAGCUAUUUGAAUAAUCAUAAUGGUGGUUUUUUCCGUUUCUUCCAAGGCAACCAAGGCAAUCCAGGAAAUUAUUACAGACCACAGCAAUCUUUCAACAGGCCGUACUACAAAAAUUCUGUACAAUAUAGGAUUCUUCAAACGAUUACGGAGUAUCCUUAUUCGCAAUCACUCCUGGGACCUGAAGCAGAUCGAACUGGAACCGGAAAAUUAACGUUUGCUGAUUCUGAUUAUAACGAGCGCGAAAGUAACGAUAACAGAUUUUUUCCGGAAAAGCUGAAGCAGUCGGGAUCUAGCAAAGUAGUGUUUCCAAGAGAAAUGCGAUUAGACCAAGCACAAUCGAAUCGAAUUAUUAAAUCAUUGAAUGUGUUCAACGAUUUGAAUGCCAAUAAGAUGAAAAAUGAAGCUUAUCAAAAAGAUCGAAAAUUUUUUCCACAGGAAGAUGAAUUCGAAAAUGAAUAUAAGGACUACUUCAGUCAGAGUCAGAUGGAUUAUAAUCGAAAACCUCGCUUUGAGCAACACAAUAACAAACAAAGUUACGUAAAUUUUCCGCAUGAUUAUAGUCACCAUAAAUAUAAUUAUAACGAUGAUAAUAAUGAUGAUUACACCGAUAAUGGAAAAGUAUCCUUGUUUGUAUUUCCGAUAAUUUAAAAAGGUUGCAUACUUUGCUACAACAGUAAGAACAUAUAAGUCGCUUAUUUUAUAAUACACGAAAUAUUUAUGAGUGAAAUCUCAAACGUUGUAAAAGGUUGUUGAUGGGAUGUUGUUUGUAUAGCGUUUUUAUAUUAUUUAAUAACUUAUAUUUAACUGGGA